CAAAAACCCAUCCCUUUACACACAUAUUUUACGGCAAGAAGAAGCGCAGGCUCCAUAUUAUACACCAACAACACCACUGAUUUAUAAUAACAAUUCAUCCCAACACGCCCCAUGCCCACCCACACCAACACCACUAAUAAAUAAAUUAACUGGAUAAAUAAAUAUAGAAAUCUCACCACAGAAUGACAACAACCACGACGACGACCCGUCCCCCACCGGUGACGCGGAGCUAUUCCACUCCCGAUGAACACACCACGUCUCCGGACGAUUUUCUAAUCCGGAGCAAAACUCCACCCACACCCACGACUGGGAUUUCCUCCUCCGCUGGAGCACAGAAUAAAAAUGGGAAUGGGAAAAUGGUCGCGAUCAAAGUUUUGUUGCUUGACGACUCCGUCACCAUUAUUCAGGCGCAGUCCAAAACUUUGGGCCGCCUCGUAUUCACGCAAAUCUGCAAGCAAUUGAACAUCCUCGAGUCGGACUAUUUCGGUUUGGAGUAUUUGGACACGAUUUCGAACGACGGGAUAACGCACUGGUUGGAUUUAGAAAAGAGAUUAAGUCGACAAGUUGGAUUAAACUUGGCGGAGCCGUUUCUUAAAUUUUCCGUGAAAUUUUACACACCCGAUCCUUCCCAGUUGGAGGAGGAGUUUACAAGAUAUUUGUUCUCGUUACAAAUUAAAAGGGAUUUAGCGAAGGGGGUUUUAGUUUGUAAUGAUAACACGGCCGCACUCAUGGCGUCGUUCAUCGUGCAGGCUGAAUGUGGCGACUUUUCCGAGGAGGAUUACGCGGAUGCGUCGUAUUUAUCCGUCUAUAAAUUCGUACCGCAUCAAAAUUACGAAUUGGAGAGGAAAAUUAGAGAAUGUCAUAAAAAACAUAUUUCACAGUCGCCGGCGGAAGCCGACCUCCAUUUGUUAGAAACGGCGAGACGUACGGAAAUGUAUGGAAUUCGAUUGCAUCCUGCGAGGGACGAGGACGGUGUGCAUUUGAGUCUGAGCGUGUGUCACAUGGGUGUCCUCGUGUUUCAAAAUAAUACGAAAAUUAAUACUUUUUCUUGGGCGAAAAUUAGGAAAAUUAGCUUCAAAAGAAAAAGAUUCAUACUCAAAUUACAUCCGGAAACUUAUUUCCAGGAGGGCUAUUACAAAGAGCUGGUUGAAUUUAUAUUCGAUUCUCGUAAUGAAUGCAAAGCAUAUUGGAAACGAUGCGUUGAGCACCAUGCGUUUUUUCGAUGUGAAAAGGCACCCAAUCCGAUUCACCGAUCGAAAGGAAUUUUAUCAUCGCGAGGUUCAUCAUUUCGUUAUUCUGGUCGAACUCAGAAACAAAUGGUGCAAUUUGUACGAGAAAAUUUUAUAAAACGACCCCCAACUUCCGCUUCCGGGGGACAAUAUUUAAGUCAACAAAAUUUAAGCACAUUUGAGAAUCAACAACAACAUGGACAUCAAGGAGGAAGGAACUUCCAGGGAGAUUUGUUUCAGAGAUCGUCCUCCUUCAAAAAAUACGACCCAAAAUCUCCCCUAACCUCAGCCCAACCAACGCGUCGCUCUACCGGAAAUAUCGACUUUGACUCUAGAAAUUUAACCCAUGAUGAUGGAGAUGAAUUAGAUGAUGACGAUGAGGAAUUUAGCGACUACCACAUCGACUCCAACCAACAACUUCCACCCUGUCCCCCAUCAACCCAGCAAUCCCUCAGCCUUCGAAACCAACAAAAAACCCAGCAGCAACAAUCCCCGACGGGCUCAUCCAUAACCUCCUCGCCAAUUCCGCAAAACAACCACCCUCAUCCCCACUCCACCCAACCCAUGGAGUCCACAGAAGACUCCUACUACUCCACGAAACUCUUGUUAAACCAUUACCGGAGCUACCUCACGGACCUCUAUCUCCUCACCCAGCACUCGCUCCUGACCCCCCUGGUCCACCCUCUGUUAAUCUCCAUCCAAAAACUAGACCCCGCAUUCACCCACAACAUUUCCACCUUGAAAAAGCACAACUGGGAAUUAAAACACGGGAAAGAAAUCCAUUACAAAUUAAAAUCCCACUUUCAUAAUAAUCAUAAAUUGUAUAAAGAUUACUACGAAUUCGUGUUUCAAAAUUAUUCCACCAUUUGCAAGGACGCCACUGAUUUUUAUGUCGGGUUAGAAUUUUUAGUAUUAAAAGUCUGGUGGUGGGUUGAACGGGUGGAAAAAUGGGCAAAGCAAUUUAGCAAAAUUCUUGAAGUUAAUGAACUUUGCAAUUAUGGGAAUGGAUUUCUGGGGGAAUUGUUGGACAUUGGGAUGACUGAGCAGGUGCAGAGGGACGUGCUAAAUGUAGGGGUGUGGCCAGUCAGCAAGUUUUUGAGGCAGGGCGUUUUAUUAAAGUUGAACAAGAAGAGGGGUUUGCAAGGAAGGACCGUGUUUUUGUUCCUCGACAAGUUAAUUUACUGCACGAGAAUCUCCUCCUCCUCUGGAUUUCGACUCCACGGUUUAAUUUAUACUAGUCAAAUGGAAAUGGGCGAGGAAUCAUCCACGGCGAAUUCUAAUAAUUUCACCGGAGCAACCAGCACCACCAGCGGAGGAUGGAGUUUUGUAAUAAACGUUAAAGAUUUAGAUGGACAAGGAUGCAAAAUUCUAGUUUUAUCCGCCUUCAGCGAAGAGGAAAAAACCUCCUGGAUCGCCGCCAUAAAAUACGCCAUAUCCCACACGACUCAACCCACUCCACCCAAAAUCCACCCCACGUUCCACUCUUCCGACUCCUUCACAGACCCCGCGGACCACCCCGCCCCCCUUCCACCCUCACAAAUCCUCUUUUCCCGUCCAAACCUCCCCUCACACGUCUGUUAUCAUCGUAACUUGUCAAUUUCCUCCCAAUUCUUAAUCUCUGCCAACCGUAAACACCUCUGUUCAUAUUUAUUAAGAAAAUUCAAAUCAGCCCCAGGUUGGCAACGUUUGUGGGUCGUUUAUGCAAAUAUUUGUCUCUAUUUUUAUAAAUCUCACGAUUCUCACGAAGGAGAACUGCCCUUAGCGUCACUUCCACUACUGGGAUACAAAGUUGAAGGGGAAGUUACAGACCUAGGAGGAAAUUUAAACGAAGAAAAAGAAAUUGGAGGAAAAAAGAAUGUAUUUAAAUUAGGAUUUAAAAACCACGUUUAUUACUUUAGAGCGGAAAGUGGUCAGAUUUGGGAGGAAUGGGUUCAAGUUUUGAGCCAAUUAAGGGAAUAGUUAUACAAAAAUUGUUGUAAUAAAAAAAAAUUCCAGACACAAUUUUAUUAUUAAA